UCGCAUCUCCGCCACCUUUCCUUUCCGUUUUCACUUCGUCACUCUUUCCCUCUUCCUUCCUUCCUUUUUAUAUCUCCAACCCCAUCAUCUCCGAUGCCAAUCAUCUUCUUAUCUGCUUCUCCUUCGUUUCUUGAUUUUGCUCCCAAAAGCUUCAGAUCUUUCCCUCACCUGCUUUCAGCUCAUUCAAUCGCAUAUAUCUAACUAUUUAACCUGUUUCUUUUGUGGCUAGAACAGUUCCGCACCUCGCCUGCGGGAUUUCUUAGUUUUUUCUUUCAAUGGUCUGGUUGGAUUGUUGGGUGAGGAAAUGUUUGAUCUGUAUGCGCUAACCCACUUUCGUUCCCAAAUCUGUUUGCGCAAACGCAAAAAGUAGCCCACAGCAUCCCCUCACGCGUAUAUAUAUCUGUACAGAUGGUUUUAUACUAGGAGCUAACAUUUGUGCUGUUGAAAGAAGAAAAGCCGUGUCUUUUUUUUGUUCCUUUUUUGAUAAAUUCUCUUUUUGGAAGAUUUGAGCUAGACCCACCAUUUGACCACUCCAAAAAUCAGGAAGAGGGGUUUUAUUUUUUGUUUUGGUUUUGAAUUUUUAGUGGGUUCUAGACAUUUCUUUUCUUUUCUUUUUUCGUAAAUAUUGGGGCAAUUCGUGUAGAUAUUUGUUAAUAUUAGAAUUGAGAUUGUUAGAUUUGGAACACAUUUAGGUAGAUACGUGGACUGAUUUCGCUGAACUGAAGAAAGUGGCGAAAAUGAGCUUGGGAGCCGCCGAGGAAGAUUCAGCAUCAGAAAUCCAUCUUCCUGCCGAUAUAGAUUGGGAGAUGCUUGAUAAAUCUAAGUUCUUCUUCCUCGGCGCGGCGUUGUUUUCCGGUGUUUCAGCCACGCUUUACCCUGUCGUGGUGUUAAAAACCAGGCAGCAAGUGAUGUUGAAUGGAACCCCUUGUCUUAAAAUGGCAGCAUCCAUACUAAGAAACGAGGGAUUGAGAGGGUUUUAUAGCGGAUUCGGGACUUCCCUUAUGGGGACCAUCCCUGCGCGUGCCCUUUACAUGGGAGCCCUUGAGAUGACUAAGAGCAAUGUGGGUUCUGCCACUGUUCAAUUGGGAUUGUCUGAGGCUUAUGCUUCCGCUGUUGCUAAUGCUGCAGCUGGCCUAAGUGCAGCCAUGGCUGCACAGUUGGUUUGGACGCCGGUUGAUGUUGUGAGUCAGAGACUAAUGGUUCAAGGAAGCUGUUGUUCUAAUGGUCGUUCGGGCAAUGCUGUUGCUCUGAAGAGUUACAGUGGUGGGAUCGAUGCAUUUAGGAAGAUAGUGUACUCGGAUGGAAUUAGAGGAUUGUAUAGGGGAUUUGGGAUUUCGAUACUGACUUACGCCCCUUCCAAUGCUGUAUGGUGGGGUUCUUACUCUGUUGUGCACCGGACGAUCUGGGGCUGCGUUGGUGGUUAUGGUUGCAAGAAAGAUGAGAAUGGGUAUAGGCCGGACGGAAAGGCGGUGGUGGCCAUUCAGGGGAUAAGUGCUGCUAUGGCUAGUGGGGUUUCUGCAUUGGUUACAAUGCCACUUGAUACGAUCAAGACUAGAAUGCAAGUUUUGGAUGGUGAAGGAAGUGGGCGUAGCCCGCCUACGAUUCUACAAACUGUGAGGAACUUGGUGAAAGAAGGUGGAUUUAGUGCUUGCUACAGAGGGUUGGGUCCAAGAUGGGCUUCAAUGUCUAUGUCUGCGACGACCAUGAUCACCACUUACGAGUUUCUCAAGCGGCUAUCGACUAAAAAUCAAGACAGCUUUGCUUGAUGAGUUGUGCUGCAUGAUCAUCAUUGAGCAGACUUGUUUAGGGGGUUCUUUUAUGCCGUUUCUGGACCCCUACGUUUAGUUAGGCAAAAGUAAUACUUCCCUUGGGCCAUUUUGGUCUGCAAAAUGGAAUCUCAAUGUAAAUGUGUAAAAAUGUAACAACCCUUUUCAAGGUUUUAGCAAUGAAGAUGUUUAAUGUUCCCUUCAA